GGCAGGCAGGCAGGCAGGCAGGCAGGCGGGGCACAGAGCCUGGCCGCCCUCACCCGGAGCGGCGCCCACCGGAGUCGGACGCCGCUUAGCCCCGAGGACAAGCGGAGACCCAGGAAGCUGGUGCGCUGUUGGCGCCCGCCAGCGACCGAAACUGAAAGAUGCCGGUCCGCAGGGGCCACGUCGCUCCCCAGAACACUUACCUGGACACCAUCAUCCGCAAGUUCGAGGGCCAGAGUCGGAAGUUCCUCAUUGCCAAUGCUCAGAUGGAGAACUGCGCCAUCAUUUACUGCAACGACGGCUUCUGCGAGCUCUUUGGCUACUCCAGGAUGGAGGUGAUGCAGCGCCCCUGCACCUGCGACUUCCUCACGGGCCCCAACACUCCCCGCAGCGCUGUGUCCCGCCUGGCGCAGGCCCUGCUGGGGGCUGAGGAAUGCAAGGUGGACAUCCUCUACUACCGCAAGGAUGCCCCAGCAGGUCAGAUCUUCAGAACCCCAGGCGCUCCCUCCUGCCCCCCAAAGGUCCACUGGGCUCCACCGGAGAGACAGAAGCCUAAUGUGCCAACGGGCUCGGUGCCCAGCCUUGCCUCCAGCUUCCGCUGCCUAGUGGACGUGGUGCCUGUGAAGAAUGAGGACGGGGCUGUCAUCAUGUUCAUCCUCAACUUCGAGGACCUGGCGCAGCUCCUGGCCAAGAGCGGGAGCCGCAGCCUGUCCCAGCGUCUGCUGUCCCAGAGCUUCCUGGGCUCGGAGGGUUCUCAUGGCAGGCCAGGGGCGCAGGGGCCUGGCAAGGUCAAGGUCAAGUACAGGACCAUCAGCCAGAUCCCACAGUUCACACUCAACUUCGUGGAGUUCAACCUGGAGAAGCACCGCCCAGGCUCCAGCACAGAGAUUGAGAUCAUCGCGCCCCACAAAGUGCUGGAGAGGACACAGAACGUCACCGAGAAGGUCACGCAGGUGCUGUCCCUGGGAGCAGACGUGCUGCCGGAGUACAAGCUGCAGGCACCACGCCUCCACCGGGGGACCCUCCUGCACUACAGCCCCUUCAAGGCCGUGUGGGACUGGCUCAUCCUGCUGCUGGUCAUCUACACGGCCGUCUUCACCCCCUACUCGGCCGCCUUCCUGCUCAGUGACCAGGACGAGUCCCAGCAAGGGAACUGCAGCUACACCUGCAGCCCGCUGACCGUGGUGGACCUCAUCGUGGACAUCAUGUUCGUCGUGGACAUUGUCAUCAACUUCCGCACCACCUACGUCAACGCCAACGACGAGGUGGUCAGCCACCCCCGCCGCAUCGCCGUCCACUACUUCAAGGGCUGGUUCCUCAUCGACAUGGUGGCCGCCAUCCCCUUCGACCUCCUCAUCUUCCGCACCGGCUCUGACGAGACCACGACUCUGAUUGGGCUGCUGAAGACAGCACGGCUGCUUCGGCUGGUGCGUGUGGCCCGGAAGCUGGACCGCUACUCCGAGUAUGGAGCGGCCGUGCUUUUCCUGCUCAUGUGCACCUUCGCGCUCAUCGCCCACUGGCUGGCCUGCAUCUGGUACGCCAUCGGCAAAGUGGAGCGGCCCUACCUGCAGCCCAAGAUCGGCUGGCUGGACAGCCUGAGCGCACAGCUUGGCAAGCACUACAACGGCAGCGACCCAGCCUCGGGCCCCUCGGUGCAGGACAAGUACGUCACGGCCCUGUACUUCACCUUCAGCAGCCUCACCAGCGUGGGCUUCGGCAAUGUUUCGCCCAACACCAACUCUGAGAAGGUCUUCUCCAUCUGCGUCAUGCUCAUCGGCUCCCUCAUGUACGCCAGCAUCUUUGGCAACGUGUCUGCCAUCAUCCAGCGCCUGUACUCUGGCACCGCGCGCUUCCACACGCAGAUGCUGCGGGUGCGCGAGUUCAUCCGCUUCCACCAGAUCCCCAGCCCGCUGCGGCAGCGCCUGGAGGAGUGUUUCCAGCACACCUGGUCCUACACCAACGGCAUCGACAUGAACGCGGUGCUGAAGGGCUUCCCCGAGUGCCUGCAGGCGGACAUCUGCCUGCACCUGCACCGCGCGCUGCUGCAGCACUGCCCAGCCUUCCAGGGCGCCAGCAAGGGCUGCCUGCGCGCGCUGGCGGUCAAGUUCAAGACGGCGCACGCUCCGCCAGGGGACACGCUGGUGCAUAUCGGAGACGUGCUCUCCACGCUCUACUUCAUCUCCCGCGGCUCCAUCGAGAUCCUGCGCGACGACGUGGUGGUGGCCAUCCUAGGAAAGAAUGACAUCUUUGGGGAGCCCGUCAGCCUCCAUGCCCGGCCAGGCAAGUCCAGUGCAGAUGUUCGGGCCCUCACCUACUGUGACCUGCACAAGAUCCAGCAGACAGACCUGCUGGAGGUGCUGGACAUGUACCCGGCCUUCGCAGACAGCUUCUGGAGCAAGCUGGAAGUCACCUUCAACCUGCGGGAUGCAGGCGGGGGUCUCCAGUCAUCUCCUGAACAAGCUCCAGGUGACAAGACCCCCCAAAGCUUCCUGCUUAGUGACAACCGGUCAGCAGGCGAGUCUCCCUGCCUGAGCAUCUCAGAUGCAUCUGAUGUCUGGCCUGAGUUGCUGCAAGUACCCCCACGGCCAGGGCACAGCCCCCCACACCCUCAGGGAGACCCAGAUGGCUGGCCUCGGCAGCUAGGCUCCAGGCUAGAGCAGAUGCAAGCCCAGGUGAACAGGCUGGAGUCCCGCAUGACCUCAGACCUCAGCCUCAUCCUGCAGCUCCUUCAGCAGCCCCUGCCCCAGGGCCACGCCAGCUACAUUCUGGGAGGCCCUGCUUCCAAUGACCUGGCCUUAUUUCCUGCCUCCGUGGAGAUUCAGAGUCCAGGGGCGAGCCUGCCCAAGGAUGAUGGGUCCCCUACACAGACCCUGAGAUAUGGUGACUUCCUGAAGAGCAAGGACACUCCCUCCAGGACACCUCGCCUGGUCGUGGCCGUGGACACAUCUCUGACACUGUCAUCAGAGCAGCAGCAGCUGCAAGGGUUCCUGUCACCCCUGGCCUCACCUCUGUAUCCCCUGGGGGGACAGGGGCUGGUCUGUGGUUCCCGCUUUUCCUCCCUCCCGGAACACCUUGGCUCUGUCCCCAAGCAACAGGGUUUCCAGAGGCAUGGCUCAGAGCCUGGAGUGGCCAGGAGUUAGAGCCACUGAGCCAGAAAAGUAAGGAUUCCAAGGGGGGAAGUGGCCGCGGUGAGAGCUAAGGGCCUCGGGGAGACAGCCAGCCACCACCACAGGCCUCUGAAGACCUUUCAGCGUAACUACAAAUGCUACUGGGUGGCUCAAGAGGAGGUGGGUUGAAGGGGUUCAAAUUGUCCCAACUCCUGUGGGGCUGUUUAGUACAGACGUGAUGGAAUGUGGGGGUCAGGAGGUCAGCUACCCUCAAGUGUGGUGGAAGGGUCAGGGAAGAAAAGAGAAGCUUCUAGUCUCUUGUGUGAAUACCUCCUCAUCAAACUAUCCACAACCUCACAGCACAGCACCCAAGACUGGUCAGAUCUCCUGACGAGGGCCCAUCACCUAGCUGGAGAUGAAGAGGGGGGGUCUGUGGCAGACACCCAAGGCCAUAGAAUGCCAGCCUUCAACCAUCCCCUAACAGUUCUGUGCUGACUCUGGGGCCCUAGCAGGCAGCAGAGAUACACAGCUAAUAAAGUCUGCACAUUUCCUGUUGG